AAUGGAAGGAGAUGCGCGCUUUGUAGUGGAUCGGUCAAGCGAUCUCGAGGAGCAGCUAGAGCCCGGUUUUCAGAAAGCGUACACUUUCAGCCUACCUACGGUAACGCGCCAGAUGCUGUGGGACUACAUGCUGCACCUGAUGAAGGUGGUGUCCGGCAACGAAAGUCAUCUGAAGGCACUUCAAUCGUGUACGGAAAACAAUCCCGAAUACGGAGAUGAUUCGGUCGGAUGCGUACAGCUGCGGAGGGAAGAUUCCUACUGCACGGUGAAAGGCCAAAUACAUUCGAUAGGUCCGUGUGACGAUGGAGAAAAUAUGGAAAUUAAAAUCUACUCCCUGACGGUCGCGAUAGACGAGGAGCACCAUAAGGUGGAAUCGGUCGCGUGCGAUGAUUGUGCGGAGCUGGGCUUCUGUCAGCACACGAUCAGCUUUCUGCUGUGGCUGCACACGCACGACCAGCCCGGCACACACCAGGACGUGGAGUGUUUCUUCCGUACGCCGCUCGCAACCGAGCUGGAGCAGCUGCCGGGCAAACCACCGCUCAACAAGACGAAAACCAAAAACUUUAUCCGCGAAGUCGUGCACGGGCUACAGACGGAAGAUAUCGACUGUCCGCUGAGGUGGAACUUUUCGUCCGCAAACAAAAAGUUUGCCAAUUUGUCGAUUCACGAGCUGGUCAUCUGUGGUGUCAAGAACCGGUACACGGUGGCGCAGUUCUUCGAGCAUGCGCAAGCAGUUGUAGCAUCGGCUUCGGGCGUGCUGGCGGAUAAGGUGAAAUUUCAGCCCCGAUUCCAUCCCUGGUUCCAGGAGCUACGGUAUGGGCGCAUUACGGGAGCGAAGGUGUUCGAAUGCACUCAGCCGACCGUCUCGUCGGAGUUGCUGCACGAGAAAAUAUUGGGCUGCAAUAAGGAAAUCGAUGUGCAAAUGCAGCGCAAAAAGCUGGCCAUCCGUCAGCGGUUGGAAAAGUACACGAAGCGAGUGUACGAAAGCCCACGCAUUACGAUGAAUGCCUCGUUUCCGAUCAUUUUCGACGUACCGGACGGUAUCUGCCCACAGCACGUGGUGGAAAUCAAGUGUCCGCGAUCGCACGACAACAUGAAGAAGUACGUGACGAGCGACGGGAGCCUGCAGGAGAAGUACUACCUGGAGAUGCAGGUACACAUGCUGAUGUAUGGAGCCACAUCCGGCGUGGUUUGUGUGGCUGAUCCGAACUUUGAGACGAACAACGAGCUGUUUAUGCACUCGUUCAAUCUCAACAAACCGUUUGUGAUGAAGAAGCUGCAGAAAGCGCUCGAAUACUGGGAGAACCAUGUAUUCCCGGAGCUCAUGACCAGCUGGUCGGAGUAG